CAACCCUAGUUCAAACUCAUCCCCCUCGGCGGGCGUUACAAAUCACUGUCAGGAACAACCCGUCAUAAGAACCGUUUCUAGGCUGAUGAACGUUAAACCGUCAGAGUAUCACAAAAAAGAGCACCAAGUCAAAUUCUUGUGUGUUAAACCUACCUGGCAAAUGAAACGGAUUGGGAUUCUGACCUUCUCAAAAAGCUCAACCGGAUAGCUUCUGUUCAUGUUGCAAGAGAAUUUGAAGGCCUGUCAAUGAAAGUGGACUACAAUGAACACAAAGCAUCAGACUGAGUGCCGAUGCGAGGCGGACAAAGAAGGGAAACAAUGUUUCAUAUUCACAAAGUAAUCUGUGAAGAGCGAGCAACCACAGUGACGGAAAGUGAAGCCACAAGAAGGGACACACUCUGUCGUCAAGGGUCUGACGGGUCGAGUAUUGGCGGAAGGCACAUUCUGUGGGCGUGGCCAUAAUGAAUGAAGCUCUACUUGGAAGUCGGAACAAUGGCUCAGUCUGAGUCAGCUCUGCUUGGCAGGGCGGAGUCAGACCAGGAGGACAUGAAAGCAGCGCAUGUGAUAUAAAAUGAGGUUUCCCUCACCUUUUUAGUCUUUAUCGGCUGCGGCGUUGAUAGACAUGACAUCCGACGGACUGGAAGGGACGUUGUGCAGCUUCCACGACAGAAAUCAAACGUCACCUCAUUUGCACAUGUGCACAGAGUGAGAUGGAGGAGGAAGCAGUGAGUUCCAUCAUGCAUCGACCGCAGAGAAACAUGAGGGCCGUUCUGCUUUUCCCUCUCCUCUCCCUGCUACGGGUUGACGACGCCAAAACACACACCUGCCCCGAGCGCCAGCAUGAACGUCUCAUCUGCUACAACGACUACAGUCAUAACAUCACGUGCCUGUGGAACGACACACGCAUUUUACGCACGGACAACACGGCGUGCCGCAUACACGCAGAAAGAAUUGGCCUUCCAGAGAAGAAGAAGACUUCUAGGCGUUAUUACAACGCUUCCUGUGUACUGGCACCAGUUGACGUCUCCACACCGGGACUUAAGACCUGUUCUCUGAUCUUCAAGAAACCCGGCAUUUUUCAGUCCUACCACAAGUUGGGCAUUUCUCUGGACUGUUCCUCUGUGAGGAUGAACUACACACCGUACUGCCACGUCAAGAUGUACCCUCCGACAGAACCCAAAGUCAACAUGACAACAGUCUCCUAUGUGCCCCAAGCAGCCAAGCACCUCGACAUCUCCCGUUACACCUUGCAGCUGCAGUGGAAGCCAAAGGAUCAGCCGUGGAACGGCGCACGAGUGCUGAGCGAAGAAGGGCAAUGUGAGUCUUGCUGCCAGACGGAGCUGAGGGAAGAAUUGCUGACGCGUGGCACGACUUAUGAGGCGCGCGCUCGAGUGCGCCCGUCCGACUUUGACUGGUCGUCAUGGAGCGACUGGAGCCCCACAGCAUCGUGGACUUCAGCCAUUGGAGUGGCCGAGGCGCCACCCUCGGGCUUCUUUGCGCUUGUUCUAGGAGUUACAGUCUCGGGCACAGCCUUCGCCCUGUUUCUGGCUGUUCUCGUCUUCCGAAUUGACAAGACCACCUGGGUGAAGACUGCAAAGAAGAUAAAAGGACCACCGCUACCAGACCCAUCAAAGUCCUUCCUGCAGAACACCUGGGUGAGUCCUCAUUUCAGCAGCGAGUCUUUGCAGACCUUCCUCCGGCUGGAGGAAAUUCUCCCGGUGAAGUCAGUUGGCCAUGUGGACGUUUUUGCACCUUGCCGUCCAGACCUGUCGCUGCAGGAGAAGACCAGGAGCAGGUACGCUGGCUUGAGCUUCUUCAACCCCAGGUACUCCCAGCAGUGGCCUCCUUCAGUCCACUCCCUCGCCGUGGGCGACCUGGAGCCCUGUGCCGCCGACUCCCCUUACGGGCCCGUUACGACUCCCGCGAAUGGUGAAGGCCUCAACAAGGUUUGGGAUGAGGACAUGGAGGAUGUCCUGGAACUUCUGCUGAAGCUCUCCCAAGGCAGCGACGGCAGUGAGGCCAUGCCAGUUAUUUCGGACUAUGCCAAAAUCGAGACGCUCCAGGUUGAUUGCGUCCAGACGCCGGGAGAGGUCAGUGACGAGGCGGCAGAAGAAGGCAGUGAUGAAGAGACAGGAGGCAAAUGGAGAGCUCUUCAGAAGUGCUGUGAGGGGAGCAUCACUGAAGGCUCCAUUCAGGUUUGCCUCGACAACGAAUGUGUCCACACGCUACACGACUACAGCCCCGAGCUCCCCAGCCUGGAUUCUGGCAUCAGCAGUGCGGGUGAGGAACAAGGAAGUCAAGAGGAGAGUUUGGAGGACAUCUUGGGCGAGAAGUCCAGCAGAUUCCGGUUUCCUUCUUGUCCUCCUCCACCUCAGUGCUCAUCUUCGUUCACACCUUCAGGCAUCUACGGAUGUUUAGGUCAACCUCUGCAAAGUCUGCAAGCUCUCCUCGAGUCUCAUGCGGACUCGACGUCAUCAGUGGAACCCUCCACUGGCGGUUACAUGGCCGUCUGCAGGAAGACGCCUGAAAAUGACGACAUGAGUCAAUAACUGAAUUUUUAUUUGGACAUGAAAGCAUUACGCCAGGGGUGUCCAAAGUGCGGCCCACGGCUAAUUGUGAAAAUACUAUUAAAACAAACAAGUGGGAUAAAAGAGCAAACGGGUGAAAUGUAAGGAGAACAAGUUGUAAUUUUCACUCUAAUACCACAAAGCUGCUAUAAAGACCAUUUUUUUCCUCUAAAACUGUCAUUGCUUAAGCAUAAUAAUUAGGGAUGUCCGAUUAUAUCGGCCGAUAGAUGCUUUAAAAUGUAAUAUCGGAAAUGAUCGGUAUCGGUUUCAAAAUGAUCAGUAUCGGUUUCAAAAAGUAAAAUGUAUGACUUUUUAAAGACAGAAAAUAAUGCACUUUGUGACUUCAAUAAUAAAUAUGGCAGUGCCAUGUUGGCAUUUUUUUCCAUAACUUGAGUUUUUUAUUUUGGAAAACCUUGUUACAUUGUUUAAUGCAUCCAGCGGGGCAUCACAACAAAAUUAGGCAUAAUAAUGUGUUAAUCCCACGACUGUAUAUAUCAGCAUCGGUUGAUAUCGGAAUCGGUAUAAGAGUUGGACAAUAUCGGAAUAUAGGAAAAUCGGCAAAAAAGCCAAUAUCGGACAUCUCUAAUUCAAACAUCCACUUUGAAAUAUUUUUUGGGGAAAAUAUUGCAUAUUUUGCUUGUUUGCAUUAUAAAAAACAGUUUUCGUUGACAAAAAGGGCAUACAACAAACAAAAAACACAUUAAACAAAUAAUACAAAAAUACUGUAUAAUCGACGGAUAGUUCUGAAGUUGAUCUCUAGACUUAAGUGUUGAAAGUAAAAAAUAAAUAAAAUACAUGACUUAUUUUUAGCACUUCUAUUAAUCUGGGAUUUAAAAAAAAUUUUUUUUUAACUCUCUGGUUGCUCAAAAACUAAUAAUGAAAUACAAUCAAUGUUGUUAUGAUUUAUUAACCUAUGUAAGGCUCCAAUGACUUCACAUCAAAUAUUCCACUUUGAAAGAUUUUUUUGGGGAAAAUAUUGCAUAUUUUGUUGGUUUGCCAUUUAAAAACCCAAAUUUUCUUUCACAAAAAGGGCAGAAAACAAACAAACAAAAAAAAACAACAAAUCUGGAGUUGAUCUUGAGAUUUAAGUGUUAAAAGUAAAAAAAAAUAAUAAUAAAAAAAAAGACUUAUUUUUAACACUUUUAUUAGUCUGGGAUUUAUUUAUUUUUUAAAACUCUCUGGUUGCUCAAAAACUAAUAAUGAAAUACAAUCAAUGUUGUUAUGAUUUCUUAACCUAUGUAAGGCUCCAAUGACGUCACAUCAAAUAUUCCACUUUGAAAGAUUUUUUGGGGAAAAUAUUGCAUAUUUUGUUGGUUUGCCAUUUAAAAACCAAAGUUUUCUUUCACAAAAAGGGCAGAAAACAAAAAACAAAAAAAACAACAAAUCUGGAGUUAAUCUUGAGAUUUAAGUGUUAAAAGUAAAAAAAAAAGACUUAUUUUUAACACUUUUAUUAGUCUGGGAUUUAUUUAUUUUUAAAAACUCUGGUUGCUCAAAAAUUUCAGUGUUAAAAGUAAAAAAUACAAUAAAAUACAUGACUUAUUUUUAACACUUAUGAGUCUGGGAUUUUUUUUUUAAACUCCCUGGUUGCUCAAAAACUAAUAAUGAAAUACAAUCAAUGUUGUUAUGAUUUAUUAACCUAUGUAAGGCUCCAAUGACUUCACAUCAAAUAUUCCACUUUGAAAGAUUUUUUUGGGGAAAAUAUUGCAUAUUUUGUUGGUUUGCCAUUUAAAAACCCAAAUUUUAUUUCACAAAAAGGGCAGAAAACAAACAAACAAACAAACAAAACAACAAAUCUGGAGUUGAUCUUGAGAUUUAAGUGUUAAAAGUAAAAAAAAUAAAUAAAAAAAAAAGACUUAUUUUUAACACUUUUAUUAGUCUGGGAUUUAUUUAUUUUUAAAAACUCUGGUUGCUCAAAAACUAAUAAUGAAAUACAAUCAAUGUUGUUAUGAUUUAUUAACCUAUGUAAGGCUCCAAUGACUUCACAUCAAAUAUUCCACUUUGAAAGAUUUUUUGGGGGAAAAUAUUGCAUAUUUUGUUGGUUUGCCAUUUAAAAACCCAAAUUUUAUUUCACAAAAAGGGCAGAAAACAAACAAACAAACAAACAAAACAACAAAUCUGGAGUUGAUCUUGAGAUUUAAGUGUUAAAAGUAAAAAAAAUAAAUAAAUAAAAAGACUUAUUUUUAACACUUUUAUUAGUCUGGGAUUUAUUUAUUUUUAAAAACUCUGGUUGCUCAAAAACUAAUAAUGAAAUACAAUCAAUGUUGUUAUGAUUUAUUAACCUAUGUAAGGCUCCAAUGACGUCACAUCAAACAUUCCACUUUGAAAUAAUUUUUGGGGAAAAUAUUGCAUAUUUUGUUGGUUUGCCAUUUAAAAACCAAAAUUUUCUUUCACAAAAAGGACAGAAAACAAACAAACAAAAACAAAAAACAAAUCUGGAGUUAAUCUUGAGAUUUAAGUGUUAAAAGUAAAAAAUACAACAAAAUACAUGACUUAUUUUUAACACUUAUGAGUCUGGGAUUUUUUUUUUUUUAAACUCCCUGGUUGCUCAAAAACUAAUAAUGAAAUACAAUCAAUGUUGUUAUGAUUUAUUAACCUAUGAAAGGCUCCAAUGACUUCACAUCAAAUAUUCCACUUUGAAAGAUUUUUUUGGGGAAAAUAUUGCAUAUUAUGUUGGUUUGCCAUUUAAAAACCAAAGUUUUCUUUCACAAAAAGGACAGAAAACAAACAAACAAAAAAACAACAAAUCUGGAGUUGAUCUUGAGAUUUAAGUGUUGAAAGUAAAAAUAAAAAAUAAAAAAAGACUUAUUUUUAACACUUUUAUUAGUCUGGGAUUUAUUUAUUUUCAAAAACUCUCUGGUUGCUCAAAAACUAAUAAUGAAAUACAAUCAAUGUUGUUAUGAUUUAUUAACCUAUGUACGGCUCCAAUGACGUCACAUCAAACAUUCCACUUUGAAAUAAUUUUUGGGGAAAAUAUUGCAAAAUUUGUUGGUUUGCCAUUUAAAAACCAAAGUUUUCUUUCACAAAAAGGGCAGAAAACAAAAAAACAAACAAACAACAAAUCUGGAAUUAAUCUUGAGAUUUAAGUGUUAAAAGUAAAAAAAUACAAUAAAAUACAUGACUUAUUGUUAACACUUAUGAGUCUGAGAUUUUUUUUUUUAAACGACGGAUAGUUCUGAAGUUGAUCUCUAGACUUAAGGGUUGAAAGUAAAAAAUAAAUAAAAUACAUGACUUAUUUUUAGCACUUCUAUUAAUCUGGGAUUUUUUUUUUUUUUUUUUAACUCUCUGGUUGCUCAAAAACUAAUAAUGAAAUACAAUCAAUGUUGUUAUGAUUUAUUAACCUAUGUAAGGCUCCAAUGACUUCACAUCAAAUAUUCCACUUUGAAAGAUUUUUUGGGGGAAAAUAUUGCAUAUUUUGUUGGUUUGUCAUAUAAAAACCAAAGUUUUCUUUGACAAAAAGGGCAGAAAACAAACAAACAAAUAAACAAAAAAUAUGAAGUUGAUCUUGAGACUUAAGUGUUGAAAGUAAAAAAAAAUUAAAUACACAACUUUUUUUAAACACUUAUGAGUCUGGGAUAAAAAAAAUUUAAACUCUCUGGUUGCUCAAAAACUAAUAAUGAAAAGUUUUUGCCAAUAAAAAACAGGGUUUUCUUUGACAAAAAGGGCAUAACACAUAAAAAAAAAACACUUUAUAUUGACAGAUAGACCUGAAGUUAAUCUCAAACUGUGGUAAAGGUACUAUCAGUGGUACGCCAAAGAAUCAGUCAAUUAAAUCUGUGUUACUGUUCAAACUGUGCGUAAUGUUACAGUGGCCAAAAAUAUUACAUUAACUUGUUAAAUAAAACCUCUGCCUUGUUUUGAAUGCAGACUUAGGCCUACUGUGCUACUGUAUGUUAAUAUUGGUCAUUAUGGGGACGGCGUGGCGAAGUUGGUAGAGUGGCCGUGCCAGCAAUCGGAGGGUUGCUGGUUACUGGGGUUCAAUCCCCACCUUCUAUCAUCCUAGUCACAUACGUUGUGUCCUUGGGCAAGACACUUCACCCUUGCUCCUGAUGGCUGCUGGUUAGCGCCUUGCAUGGCAGCUCCCGCCAUCAGUGUGUGAAUGUGUGUGUGAAUGGGUGAAUGUGGAAAUACUGUCAAAGCGCUUUGAGUACCUUGAAGGUAGAAAAGCGCUAUACAAGUAUAACCCAUUUAUCAUUAUUUAUUUAGUCAUUAUGGGAGCCAAGUUUUUUUAUGAGGUGGUACUUGGUGAAAGAAGUUUAAGAAUCACUGUGUCAGGUUUAAGCACUGAACUAUCUAUUAAACAGAACAAGAAGCAAGGAAUCAUGCAGAGACAGAGUUCAAUUUUGCCAUGAGGAGAACGCAUGGAGCUGCACACUCAGUUACAGUCUCACCCUACGCUUUAUUCAGGAGUUCCCAAGUUACAUCGCCGAGGCUGCUUCUAAAGGGAGGGGUCACACAUUAUGCAAGCAGCUCAGUACGCACAAUACGUGAUUAUUCAGAACGGAAAUGUGCUGGGGGCCUUGUGAUUGGGCCCUGUCUCUGCUUUGUCUGCCCGCUGUUAUGCCUUAUCGUCGUUGAGGUGCUUGAGGUUCGUCCUUGGCUGUUAGCAGGCUGAAAGACAGAAACUUCUGUGGCGAGGCAACUCCUCACAUUGCAGUGGAAGAUAACAAGUUGUGUGCCUUUUCACGAAAAGAAAAAGUGCAGCUUGAGCACAAUAGAUAAUAACUAGAGCAACGGGCUUUAAGCAUAAGAGUUGUGUGAUAACUUAUAAAUAAUUAUUCUAACACACUGAACUAGAGAUUUAUAAUUAAAAGAAUAUACGGGACUUGUUUUUAACAUUUUUAUGACUGAGACCCUUCCGGGUCCCCGGGACCAAACUUGGGGGGGUGUUAGAAUAAUUAUGUGUAAAGUUAUCACACAACUUUAGUAUGCUUAAAGUCCGUUGCUAUAGUUAUUAGUUAUUGUGCUCAAGUUAGAUAUUUGUAUCUGUGCAAAUUCAAAAGAUUGCCAGCGUCUCUAUCAGUGUUGUGUCCAGACUCGGCCUGCUGACUGCCAAGGCGGAACACCGCCGUGACGCAGACAGAGCAGAGACAAGGCGAUAUCACCAGCGUCAACUAAUUUUCAUUUAUUCUAUAAUCAUAUAUUGUGUCUAACUGGAGUUGUGGAGAUUAACCCCCUUCCCUCAGCGACAGCUUCAGUGAUGUAACCAGGGACCUCCCAAAUAAAUAGAGGAAGCACGCGGGCUUGACUUUUAGAGCGUAGUUUGGAUCUGUAACUAGAAUACAGCCCAAAACACGUGUCUCCUCAUGAGCUAAAUUGAACUCUGUCUCUGCAUGAUUCCUUGCUUCUAGUCUAGAUUAUUAGAUGUCAUCAGUGUUUGAACCUGACAAGGGGAGACCUAAAAGUAAAAAAAUAUAUAUAUUCUAUUUGUUUUUCAAAAUUAAAAAUACGGUUUUCAAUGGGAAAAGUUUGGACACCCCUGCUUUAUACGUUUAAACAAUCGAUAUGUAUCGCUACUAUGAAUGGCAGCCGUUCUAUUAUUGUUAUUUACCUCGAUGCUCGGAUUUAAAGGAGACCUAUUUUGCUUGUGGUUGCAAUGUUGCUGUCCUGUCCAAGCCACAAGGGCAAAGGAUAUUGUCUGCUAUACGGACGUACUUUACAAAAGAGAAAUGUGGGAUACUUCUGUUGCAUUAUUUGUGUUUAGAAUUCUUAUCCUUACUGCAAUGGUUGAUGCUGCAAAUGAACAAUAAACUGUUUUU